GCUAGCAAACCUCUGUGUUCUCGCAGCCUCGUUCUCUCCUUCACCCUCGUAGCUACAGCAGAGGUGCGGAACUCAAAAGAACAAAAAAAAAAAAAAGAAAAAAAAGAAAGAAGGGAAAAAAAAAGGGAAAAGGAGAGCGAUUUUUGUUCCUCAUAAGGGCUUUGCGGAUUCGGAACCGAGAUGGCGGAAGAAGCUCAGAUCGAAACUGAACUCAAGGACGAUGUGGCAGAUCUUGCCCCAUUCGAUCCUACAAAGAAGAAGAAAAAGAAGAAGGUUGUGAUUCAGGAUUCCACAGAUGAUGCUGUUGAUAAACUAGCUGAAAAAACUGAGAAUUUGUUGGUUGCAGAUGGAAUUGAAUCUACUUUUGCUGGAAUGAAGAAAAAGAAGAAGAAACUGGUGGAGACUGACUUCCUCAAUGAAGAGAAUAGGGAUCCUCGUGAUGACCUUGAUGGUGACUAUAUAGGAGAGGAGGAAGAAGGGGAGGGCAUUGUCCUGCAAGCUCAAUAUCCUUGGGAGGGCAGUGACCGGGAUUAUAAGUAUGAAGAGCUUCUAGAUAGGGUGUUCAAUAUCUUACGUGAGAAUAAUCCAGAGCUUGCUGGAGACAGGCGCAGGACAGUGAUGAGGCCACCUCAAGUUCUUCGUGAAGGAACGAAAAAGACUGUUUUUGUGAACUUCAUGGACCUUUGCAAGACGAUGCAUAGGCAGCCGGAGCAUGUUAUGACAUUCUUACUUGCUGAAAUGGGAACGAGUGGAUCUCUUGACGGGCAGCAAAGGUUAGUCAUUAAGGGAAGAUUUGCUCCUAAGAAUUUCGAGGGCAUCCUACGAAGAUACAUCAAUGAAUAUGUUAUAUGCAAUGGCUGCAAAAGUCCAGACACUAUACUUUCAAAGGAGAAUCGUCUGUUCUUUCUCAGAUGUGAGCAGUGUGGUUGCUCCCGGUCGGUUGCACCAAUCAAGGCUGGUUUUGUUGCUCGUGUUGGACGUCGCAAGGCUGGGACUUAAUCGGAUUACAUUUCUCCUUAUAAUACGGUUUCACUUUGUUGUGUAUCUUUAGUUUUCGAACCUUGGUUCUGGAUUAUAAGUCUGUGGUUUUGCCUUGGUAUUUGGACAUAAUCUACAUACAAUUUCACUUCCAGGCUUAUUUUAUGUUAGUCAAGAUGUGAGCAAAUGCAAUUAAUGAAUGUCAAUUAAGAGGAAACUGCUUUGUAUUGGUGAAA